AUGUCUCCAGCGGGCCAGCAACCCAGCCAACCCACUCUUCCACAAUCAAACUCUACAACAGACGCCCAACCAGAGGUAGUCGUUAUGUCCGAUGUCCACAUUUAUGACGUGCCCACUCGAACCUGGAUGCACGUUCCGGCACUUGAUUCGCCGCAAGGACGAUAUGCGCAUUGCGCAACUAUACUCCCUUCGUCGGCGGUGUUUUCUUCUUCAAGCGCGACCUUAUCUGCCAUAAGACACAAUCCGUCCUCCACAAAUCCGAACCAAGGCUCAAUUGGUGUCCAGCUAGACGGCGAAGGAGGGGCGGAAAUGGUGGUCGUGGGCGGUCAGGAUAGCGCCAAUCAUUACAUUGAGCAAAUCAGCGUUUUCAAUUUGAGAAGUCUGAAGUGGACGGCGACCAAUACCUUAGGGAGGAGUUGCGGCGCAUAUAGGAGUGUAGUUGCCCCCCUAACCAAGGUUGAUCCAAACAAAAUUGGAGCAGGAAAUCGAAAUGGUAGUGAUGCGAGAUCUUCGGGCGAGCAAAACUCAGCGGCCAAAGAUGGGGGAGCCUCAAUGUUGAUCUAUUCAAACUAUAAUUUCUUGGAUGUCAAACUAGAGUUACAGGUGAGGCAUCCAGACGGGACACUAUCGGAGAAGCCAAUGCACGGGAACUUCUCCCCUCCUGGACUCCGAUUCCCUAACGGUGGAGUCAUUAACAACCACUUCGUUGUAAGUGGGACCUUUUUAACAUCCUCGAAACAAGAGUACGCGCUCUGGGCUUUGGAUCUGCGGACGUUAAGCUGGGGCCGAAUUGAAGCUGGAGGAAGCAUUUUCAGCCAAGGCAGUUGGAACCGGGGCGUGUUAUGGAACCGGAGGAACUGCUUCGUAAUUUUGGGCAACCGAAAAAGGAGUCUUGUGGAGGACUACAACCAUCGACGCAUCAAUUUCUCAAACAUAUGCGUGGUCGAGUUGGAGGCUUUUGGAUUAUACGACAACCCCCGCAAGGUCGCUCCAAAUGCAGCGUACACAUCUGUCAGUGCGCCUCGACAAAACGACCGGCUCGAUUUGAAAGCUGGAGGUCGAAAUCUCUCUUCUGCUGCAACAGAUUUGGGCCAGCUGGCACUCGGUAUGCGUGAGCUCACAGAUAUGGACUUUCUUGCCAUCAACGGCGAACGCAUUCCCGUCAAUUCUCAUCUCAUUGCUCGGCGCUGGGGCCCAUUUUUCAACCAGUUACUUCGUGAGAGCACCACAACUCAUGAAAACGGCGACACAGCAACUCUUCGUCCCUCAACUGUCACACAUCCUUCCCGCAACUCAAGCAUCACCAUAACGCCUUCAAUCAAGACAAACUACUCGACUGCCACAACUCUCACCAACAACACUGCCAUAACCUCUGACCCCACGAUAUCCUCAUCAACAUCAUAUUCUUCCAUCAACCCGCCUGAGCCUUCAGUUCAACCUCCAUCACUUCGACCUAGAACACUAUACUUGCCGCAUACCCAUCUAACUCUCCAGGCCCUCAUCCACUUUCUCUAUACUUCAUCGCUUCCGCCUCAAAACACAAACCUUUGCUCUCCGCAGAUCUUGUGUUCUCUUUUACAACUCGCACGACCUUACCAUAUCGAUGGACUCCUUGAAGCGAUUAUUGAACGGUUACACGUGCUGCUUGAUAAUAGAAACACAGCUGCUAUAUUUAACGCAGCAGCAAUGGCAGCAGGGGGUGGCUCCGGCGUGGCAUCUUUGGGUGUAAAUGGUGUCGCACCAGAUGGCACUAACGACGGAUUGUUGAAUCCUUCCGGGCCGUCGAACUCCAACAACAUUCCAGAUAACGCUAUACGGUCCCUUGACCCCGGCCUUCGAGCCCUCCGAAUCAACACUGAUGUCAAUGCAAGUGAAAAUUCAAGCGGCCGAGAUGACGAGGUCAGUUCCGCGACUUCGACCUCGACAUCGGCAUCGGCAUCCGACACCUCCUGUUCUCGGCCUCGCGUCGCUCUUUCUUUUUCUGACUGUGUCGGCACACGAGGGCGAUGA